UCUCUAUCGUUUCGACGUUAAUUUACCUGUCUACAUUUUUUUUUUGCAUUCCCUGUCAUAGGUGUGUUUCUUCAUAUCUUUUAUGGUGUACACGUAGAUCUGGAAUUUUAAAUAUCGGGCGUUACUUUUGGAUAUUUUUUUUAACCACAAUACCUAUCUGUUGUAGUAAAUAAUUCCUUUGACAUAGUUAUUGGUGAAAUAAAUCAAAAUGUGUAUCCCGGAAUCAUAUCCGUUUGCAUUCAACAGCUUGGAAUCAAUAUUAAGAAAGGAGAAUGCCCGGUGUUGUUAAUGAUAACGAUUUCCACGACGCUGUUGAAGCUAAUCUUAGGAUUCAGAAUAACUCUUUUGAUGACAAUCUUUCGGACCAUUCCAAUAUGAAAGGCGGGUCUCGGAAUCGAUAUCCAAAUGGUUAUGGUUCAGAUCAGAUGAGUGAUAUAACAGACGAUGGUCCUCGGUAUUUAUUAGAACAUCUAGCUACUUUUUCUGUUGGCUCAGAAUUCGGAAUAGUAUCUCCAAAAGAUGGCUUACGACGUUUACUUCAAAUGGAAAAAACUAAUGGCAUAUGGACUCAGAAAAUGCAGAUGAAGCUUGAUAAAAAUUGGGUUUUAAUCUUGGAUUAUGAAGAUGGCGAUGUUGUGGAAAAAUUUCCAAUGAAUCUUAUUAGUGAUCCAACUGCAUAUACAAGCGAGGAUCCACGGGAAUUGUAUAAUAAUAUUCUCAUCUUCAUUGUCAGAGAAGACCCGAAGAACAAGAAUCCAAACCAGUCAGAGAUGCAUAUCUUUCAGUGCUCUAGGGUUUAUGCUCAAGAUGUUGUGGAUGAAAUGAAAAUGUAUAUGUCUGGAAAAAUUAGAGCAAAAAGUGCAGAUAGUAUUCGUCCUCCACCUCCUCACAAUCCUCCUCCUGAUCCACCAAUCAAUGGAAAUAAUUCAAAAGUUCGAGAACAUGUAGCCAUGUUCAGUGCAUCUGCAUCUACCUCUUCUCUCCCACAGCCUCCACCUCCACGAGGAGGAUCUGUCCUGCAGCAACGGAUAGAAAGAGCUGCUGGAUAUGCUCGGGAAUCCAAUGAUGAAACAAGCUCAACUACUAGUGAUAAAUAUGAAAGAGAAGUUACUGUAUUGAAUCAUUGCUUUGAUGACAUUGAAAGGUUUGUUGUGAGACUACAGCAUGCUGCAGCUGCAUUCAAAGAGCUUGAGCGAAGGCAAAAGAGCAGGAAACACAAGAAAAAAGACAUGGGAGAUGGUAUGCUUAGUAUUAGAGCAAAACCCCCACCUGAAAGAGAAUUUGUUGAUGUGUUACAGAAGUUCAAAUUAUCUUUUAACUUGUUGGCUAAGCUGAAAAGUCAUAUUCAUGAUCCUAAUGCUCCUGAGCUAGUGCACUUCCUCUUCACACCUCUUGCUCUGAUCAUUGAUGCAGCUCGGGACUCUAAUCACAGUGCCAACCUUGCAGCCAAUGUCGUCAGUCCUUUGCUCACCAGAGAUGCUAUUGAGCUCCUGGCUAAUUGUUGCACCUCAAAAGAAACAGAUUUGUGGCAUAGUUUAGGAGACUCAUGGAUCAUCCCAAGAGAUCAGUGGAAAGGGUACGAGAGCAGCUACAGGCCAGUAUUCUCAAAUGGUUGGGCACCUGAAAAUCCUCUAGAAGAAAACAGCACUUUAUCUCAUAGGAGACCUGAGUCAGAAAUGCGGGAACAAGACUAUCAGCGAGUAUUUGGACAUUCUGAGAGAGAUAGUCGUUUUGGAAGUGAAUACUUUGGCAGUGAGCGAGGUGAUGAUGAUCGAAAUGAAUCUCCAAGUGUUCCUGAUCAUCAUCCACAUUUACGCCCAGCUUUUGAACGUCCAUAUGAACACAUGCCACCUGAAGCAAGGAGAGAUUUUAUUGAUAGGGAGCGAGAUAUGAGAGAUCGAGAUAUGAGAUCAGAGUUCAGCUCUGAUUCCAUUGAGCAUUCCGAACUUCCCAUGAGUCCCGAACGUCAAUUUGAUCGGCAACAAAUGCAGUGGCUGGAAGACUUGAAGAGUCGGCGAGCUAAAAUUGUUCAAGUUGUUUAUCCACGGACGGCAAAUAAUGAAAAGGAGCUUACUGUUAUCAGGGGAGAAAUAUUAGAGGUUUUGGAUGAUAGUCGUAAGUGGUGGAAAGCAAGAAACAUGAGAGGACAAGUGGCUCAUGUUCCACACACUAUUGUUACACCUUAUCCAGCAUUAGAUGAUGAUGUCUUCAAUAAUCCUGUUUAUGGAUCUACUGUAAGAAGCAACCGAGAAAAUUACUACAGCACUGAGCAUUCUCCAAUUAAGGAUCAAUAUUUAGAAGAAGGCACCACCCGUUCCCAAGAUACUUCUCGCUCUCCCAAUUCAGGUGGGCCACGAUCUGCACCCGCUGACUGGGUGCGUCGGGAACGGCAGGAUGCGAGUCCAAGACAAAUCCUUCGAGUGCCUGAGAUGCCAUCCACUCGAGAGGAGUUACCACUCCCCCCUGCCGAGUAUGCGGGUCCUGGAUCGCCAAUUUUCCACCGUUCUCCUCAGAAUUCACCACCCUAUUGGCUACCUCCACCGCCUGAUUUCGACACUUUGCUGGAUUAUGCGACAGUGAGCAAAGACAAACAUUCUCACACGAAUCCAUCUAAAACAAUAGAACCUGAUCAAAGAGCUGACGUGAAUGGUCCGAUCACGUUACCCAAACCACAUCUUAUUAUCCGAAAAAGCAAUGAAAUACCCAGAAGUACUACUCCGUUAUCAACAUUCAGCGGAGUGAAGUCUUAUGAAGAAAGUCUGGAGGGACAUUCAGAGAGAUCUUCCACUUUACCUAAAUCUCAGACUGUAUCGCCAUCUGUCGAAAGAAAGCAACACGAAACUACAAAUAAUAAUUACGUAAAGGAGAAACCGAAAAGACAUUCCGAUGCCCAGAUCAAUGAGGCUGCUUACGAACUUUUGCAAGAAGAGCUCAAAAAUUCCAUCGCUCAAAAAAGGGGGCUGAAAGUUUGGAAGAAGGUCACAUGCCCUGAACACGAUAAGACGGAUUGUUAUUAUAUUACUGCCAAGUCACCGCAAGCAGAGGUUUCUCAUUGGUUGAAGUUGAAAGGAUUCUCUGAAGAAGCCAUAGAAAUCUUGAAACCAAUGACUGCAGAGAUGCUGUUUAAUUUGAAGAAGCCUCAGCUGGAGAAAUAUCUGGGGGAAGAAGGUUCGAAACUGCACAACUACCUUGUAGUGCAGAAGAAUAUGUCGGGGUAUAAAACCUGUACAUCAGAAGAAUUGAAACUGAUCCUAGCAGAUCGACGCCAAAAAGCUGAUGUUGUAUAAUAAUAUACUGCAACUGAAAUGAAAAGAUUAUGUUUCUUCAUUUGUUACCAUCAUUAAACGCCUAAAAGAAAAAGACAGAGGCAAUUGUACGAACAAUUUUUCUGAACAAGGCAUUCUUUAUUCUGAAUGUAAUAAGUACUUAUGUUUUUAUCUUAUUUAAUUAUUUUACCAGCAAUUUCUUACAACGAAAAGAUCAAUUGGAAUUUGAAAUAGUUUCUAGUAACAUAAAAGUCAAUACUAUUAAUAUUUUUCUAAUGGAAUAACAUUAUGGAAACAUUAUUUGAAGAUUUUUUUUUUCAUAUAUUAUGUAGUUCUGCUUAUCUCAAUAGAAUAUUUUCUUCAUGAUAGAAACUAGUGCAAUGGCCGAUUGGUUAACGAACUAAACCAUUCUGAGACGAUGCUCGCAAUAUGAAUUGUUCUUUAAUCAAUUACAAAUUUGCCAUAGAUUCAUUUAGUGUUAAAAUCGUUCGUUCUGAAAACCUCACCAGUAUAUAAAAAUUAUAUCAUUUCUUUAUAACUUUGCUUCUAAUAAUAAUAGAUACAAACUUAUAUAUUCAUUAAUUAAAUUUUCCCCCUUUAUAGGGAUUUACAGAAUUUGCCCAAUAUCGAUUAUUUUUUGUUAUAUGUUUAAUGAAGUAUAUUAAUAAUUCCAUUAGGAAUAUCGUCUGCAAUCAGAACUGUUCUUUGAUUAAUUACUUACUGUAUUAUCUUUUAUUCAUCAAAUACAAUUUCUGAUCUUAGAGCUACUACUGGUAAACCAUAAUUUUACGACAUAAAACAAUAAGUAUUUCUUGGAUUACAUAAAGAAACAAACUAAUAAAAAUUCACAAACCUUUAUGAAUAUAGAUCUUUCGCUUUGAUUAGAAAUGAUAUUUAAGAAUCUUGUUAGUUUUAUUCAAAAAUCUUCCUGAUUUCGCACCAGUAUUACUAUAGAAUCUUAUAGCUUUCAUUUGUUUACACAUUUCAGUGCCGUAAAUAUUUGUGCACUCAUUAUUUUAAUUAUUCCUAUAUAAGUUUUCCUUUUGAAAGAAUGAAAUAUUUCCCCCUUAUAUUACAAGUUUCUUAAAAUCAGAUAAAAUAACAAUUCGUUUUCUGUAUUAAUCUCCUGCGUUAAUGUGAUUUUUAUUGUUGUAAAGUGAGAAUAACUUUGGUGUUGCAUGUUAUUAUCAUAAAACAUAGCUUGUUAAGUAACAAAAAUGAGCUUUUAAAAAUUAGAAGGAUUUUGUUACAUUCAGAUUAUAUUAUUUUAAUAAUGUAUUAAAUUUGUGUUGAUAUUGUUGUCAUGAAACAGAGCUUUUUAAAAUGUGAGAAAAUUUCUUAUGCAAUCAAUUGUUAUAAUAUAUGUACUUUAAGUAUCAUUUGUAUACAAAUGAAUACAAAAAUCAAUAUGCAUUUUUAUUUAGUGACGGUAUUAAUGAUAUUAAAACAAACAUGGUUUCUUGUAAUAUGAAUCUUGAUACAUAGAGUACAUGCUUGUAUUAUUUAGUUUGACGGAAAAGAAUGCUUUUGUCAAAUUCUUAAACGCUCGUAAAAAAAAUGUAAUUACAAAUUAUUUUGUUAGCUUUAAUGUAUCAAUUAAAUUUAAAAUUGCAAUAAUUAGACAAAUACAAUUUAGUAAUUCACUGUAUUGAAUUGAAUUUCAUUUGAUCUGUUUUCAAAUAAUAUUUAAUUUAUGUUUUUUAUUUUGCUGUUCUUACGGAUAUCUAGGUUAACUAAAUGUCUUUUAAGAUUGAGUUGUGAGAAAGAAAAAGGUUUAUGAGACUCUGACAGAAAGUGAUACUCAAUUAACAUAUUUUUAAUUUUAUUUGAAGAAAUAAUUUGUAUCAUAAUUAUAACUUGUGAUUUCAAAAGAACUGGAAUUGAUUUCCAUAACAUUUCUGUUUCAGCUCUUCACUUUUAAAAUAUUGGAUAAUCCAAUAGAUUUAAGAGUAUUUAUAAAGCUCUUGUGUUUCACAUUUGAAAAAUAUCAGUAUUUCAAGUUCCUCAUUGUAUUCAUUCCAUCUAUAUGAGAAACUUUUAUGUAUUUAUUCAAGAACUUUUAAAUAUCGAAAUGGAAAUGAU